UUCUCGUAAAGUUAUGACUUUAAAAUUAUUACUUUUUUCUCGUAAAGUUAUUACUUUAUUCUGGUAAUAUGACUUUAUUCUCGAAAUCGAAAAUGGCUCUUUUGAUAGUAAAGGUUGACGACCCCUGUCCUAAACUGACAAUGGUGUGUAUUUUAGAGACAAAAACAACUAUAGUAACAAUUUCAUAACCUUUAAUACUACGAAUGUUAGCUUUUAGGUGGGCUUUGCAUCUUGGCAUGUUGGGAGAAUUUCCUCUGGAAACUUUUAGUCCAGGCAUGCUUUAUAGUAGAAUAAAAUUGCAGUCAAAAUGGAGUAUGACACAAAAGAUGUUUCCUUCUUUCUGUCCUUUUCCCAAAUGGAGUUUUGUACACAAAGCAAAUGACCUGGGUUUUUUAUUAUGUGGUGCUGAUGUCCACGAGGCCAGAGCAAAUUCUAACCAAGACGAAAGUUGCAGCAGUUAAGGUGAUUCAAAAUAUCAUAAUGCGAAACAGUGGGGUAUGACUAACUAAUAAAAGGUUUAACGGUGUUUUCAGCCUCUCCACAAAUGUUGCUACAGGCGAUGGGGUAAUGUUUUAUUGCCACCUCCAUGCAGCAGACGUAAUUCAACUCUUACCUUAAAGUAGUGCAUUUAUUCUUUUGAAUCACCUUGAUCUGCAGUGGCCCAACUUGUGUUUCAUUUGUACAGCCAUUGUAUGUGUGUCUUUAUCACAUAACCCAGUUUCUUCCCCAGCAAGGUAGGCUAAGGGGUCCUGCCAAACCCCGAAUGCCACCCGCAGCACCCCAUUUCUUUGUCUUCGUGAAGAAAACGACAACUGAGAAGUGGCGUAGAGGGACGAACCCUGGAAAAUGUCGUCCAUUUGGGUUCUUGCGGAUAGAUACGAUGGGCGCGGUCACUUACAUGACCUCUCAGAGUAUGACAGCGGGUCAUGGAAUACAUCCUACAAGCUGUCCGAGGAGGAGGCCAGGAUCGAGGCGCUGUGCGACGAGGAGAGGUACCUGGCUCUGCACAGUGACCUGCUGGAAGAGGAGGCCAGACAAGAGGAGGAGUACAAGCGUCUGAGCGAGGCUCUGGCUGAUGAAGGCACCUACAACGCAGUGGCCUUCAAAUACAGCGCCGACUACUAUGACCCCUCGCAGCCCACUGAGGAGGAGGAUGCUGCUAACAGGGAAGCUGAAGAGGCAGAGCCUGAAGAGAACGAGGAACCGUUCGUUGCUCCCCCGGGGCUCACUAUCCCUCCUGAUGUGGAACUGCCGGCGACCAUCAAGACCCAUAACAUCAUUGAGAGGACAGCUAACUUUGUGUCUCAGCAGGGGGCUCAGUUUGAGAUAGUCCUGAAAGCUAAGCAGUCCAGCAACUCCCAGUUUGACUUUCUUCGUUUUGACCACUACCUGAACCCUUAUUACAAACACAUCCUGCGGGCCAUGAAGGAAGGUCGAUACAACCUCGUCUCCGCCAAGAAGCAAGAGCAAUCGCAGGAAUCCAACUCUGAUGAUUCAGACGAGGAUGGGGAUGGCAGUUACCUCCAUCCCAGCUUGUUUGCCCCUAAAAGGUGCUCUCGCCUGGAGGAGCUGGUGAAGCCUCUAAAAGUAAUGGACCCAGACCAUCCUCUGGCAGCACUUGUACGAAAAUGCCGACAGGAAAGGAAUGGCACAGCAACAGUAGUGGCCAAGCCAGAGGAAGUGACAGACCCAGUUCCAGCCAGCACACCAGCGCAGUACUCUGCUGACCCAAUGUACUACGGGUACUACAUGCUUCCCGACGGAACGUUCUGCCUGGCCCCGCCUCCACCAGGGAUAGACGCCAGCUCCUACUAUACCACUAUGCCCUCAGCUGUCAUGCCUCCCCCCACGUCUUCUGAGGCUUUGCCUAAUCUGACAACUGCACCGACCCCUCCUGAAACUAUUGUCAUGGCACCACCAGCUACAGCCCCCUCUCAGGUCACCAGCUCUGCUGCUCCUGCUGUUGUACCAGAAACCAGUUUAAAACCCGAAGCUCAAGUUUCCGCACCGGCAUCAGCAGCCAUCAUCCCCCCACCGCCUGACACCCAACCAGUCAUAGACAAGCUGGCGGAGUACGUCGCGAGGAACGGUGUUAAGUUUGAGUCCAGUGUCCGUGCCAAGAAUGAUCCACGGUUUGACUUUCUGCAGUCUUGGCAUCAGUACAACACCUAUUACGAAUUUAAGAAGAAUUACUUCAUGCAGAAGGAAGGAAGAAGCUUUACAGAGACAGUCGAUGAUGAUGAUGAGGAUGAUGAUGAUAAGCUUCAAUCAGACCCGUCAGUCCUGGACUCCAAGCUGACAAAAGCCUCUUUUGCCCCCAUCUGUUUUGCCAUCAAGGCGAAGGAGAACGACAUGCUGCCGCUGGAGAAGAACAGAGUUCGAUUGGACGAUGACUCGGACGAGGACAAGGUCGAGUACAGCCUUGGUCGAUGCACUGCACGUAGAUCUAGGGCUGAUUUGUUGCUGGAGGAGAAGGGGCUGGCGGCCGUGACGGGCGGGGCUGAGACGGUUGAUCGGGAGACUGCUCCGGCCAGUGCGGCGGAAGAGAAGAGACCCACCCUCAGUUUGGAGGAGUUGGAGGCAAAACAAGCCAAGCAGAAACUGGAGGACCGUCUAGCGGCCGCAGCCAGGGAGAAGCUGGCCCAGGCAUCUAAGGAGUCCAAGGAGAAACAGCUCCAGGCAGAGAGGAAGAGAAAGGCAGCGCUCUUCCUACAGACCCUCCGCGGCCCCUUCCCCGGGGAGCCUGAGGCUAAGAGAGCCGAGCUAGACUCGACGGCACAGCUCGAGUUGCAAGAAGCCCUCUCUGUCCUGUCUGACCCCGUGCUGCCUCAAGUGUCGUCUGCAGCACCUGCGUAUCCUCAGGAUCAAAGACACGCCGUGGAGAAGAAAGGAGCGUAUCGCAGCAGGGAGGCCCCGUCCUCCUCAUCCUCCCACACUACCUCAAGAGGAGCAGCAAGAGAUCGAGACCGAGACAGAGAUAGAGAGAGAGACAGGGAACGAGAAAGAGACAGGGACAGGGAUAGAGAUAGAGAUAGAGAUAGGGAUAGGGAUAAAAACAGAGACAAAGACAGGAACAAAGGGAGGGACAAAGACAAAAAGAAGAAAAAACACAAGAAGAGGUCAAGGUCGAGAUCGAAGUCGAGGUCAAGGUCGAAGAGUAAACACUCCCUUCCCAGUGCCUACAGGAGAUCCCGCAGAUCCCGCUCACACUCCCCGGGGAGAAAGGACAGGAGGGGCGCCUCAUCAGAGAGGAGACGCGAAGAGAAAGGGCGGGAGCGCCAUCAUCCCAGCAGCAGCUCCAGCCUGCCCAGGGGGCAUUCGAGAUCCAGGUCCCCUCCUGACAAAAGGAGGAGCUCCUUGUCAUCCUCAGGACAGAUGCAAAUCGUGGGUUCCUCUCUCUCCCCGUAUUCCUCACCCAGCAGAGUUUUGUCCCCGUCGGCUAGCCCCGCCUCCAGCCUGACCCACUCCAGGGGUGGAUCUCUGGAGAAAGACAAAGCAGUGGCCUCAUCCAUAGUAUCCUCUGUUCAGUCCAAAAUAACUCAGGAUCUGAUGGCCAAAGUGCGAGCCAUGCUUGCCACCUCCAAGACCUUCCAACCUCCCAAUUCCUAAAAGAGGGCGCGGCUACUUUCUACUGGCCCACGACGACCUCGGGCCAAUCAGCGAGCGUCAUUCUCCGAUUUCCCGGAGAUUUUUUUUUUGGGCCCGGAUCUGUUUCAUCUCACCGUGUUCAUCCUCGAUUUAUUAUUUAAUCUCGACUUGAGCGUCGGCAGAUUCAAGCUGGCUACAUUGUGUCUUCUGCAGUAUUGUAAGAGUGACAUAAACGCACUCAUUUAAGCUGAAAUAUCCAGUGUCACACCUGACCUGAGAAAACAGCUCGGCAAUCUUGUCAGCAGUUGACUGUUUUUUUGGUGCAAACGUGGAAAUAAUCCAUAUGCUAUUUUGCAUCCCCGUUUUAAAAACACACUUUUCUCCCACGUCAACGUAAAGCUGCUGGAGGUCUAUAUUCUCUCCUUCUAUGAAGGGCUGUGUUGUUUUGAUAAGUUCAAUCCUCUCUCCUCCCUCAUCUACUAUUCUCUGCUUGUUGUUUUCCUUCUUUCUUUCCGCCCCCGAGCUGUCUCUGCUCUCCAGCACCUCACACGUCUGCUUUGAGAAGCCCUUUUAAUUUUCUACACUGUCCCUCAGCUCUAGUGCGUGGCCUUCUACUUAUGUUCCUGGUUUGUACCGUAAUGGGAUUUAACGCAGAAACAACUUUCUAAUCCAAUCUGUCAAUAAAGUUUCAAUUAUGAUUUA